GAAUUCCCUGUAAACAAAAGGAAACUCGGUUCGUGUUAACAGAGAGUUCGUGGGGUUCUUUCUUCUCGAUUACUCAGCGCCACACCGGAUGAUGAACACAUUGUGAGUAAUAUUGACUCUAGUCUAUAUGAGAUCAAAAUAAUUUAAGAUGAGGAAAUUCUAAAAAGCAAACAAAAUGUGUGAAGCAGAUUUAGAUGAAGAUGUUUUAUAUGAACUUCAAAAGGAGGUUCUAAAAAGUCAGCGUCAUUACUUAUGUGAUCACCUGCAGCCACAAAGGUUGUUUCCAUGGCUCCAGUCGCAGAACAGUUUGACUAUGGAUGACUGUGAGCACAUGCAAAGUCUUCCUACAACAAAAAGAACAGUUGAUAAACUUAUCGAUAUACUUAUAAAGUCUGGGCCAGGAUGUCUGAUAAAACUGCAGCGUGCUAUUCAAAGAAGUAGCAAAACACAAGUAUUUAUAGCAGAUCGAUUGAAGAAGAAAUAUGAGGAAUAUAUAAAACAGCAUAUUGAACAAGAAAACCUUAGAGAAAGUGAAUUCACCACCCAACGUACACCUCCCCCACCAUAUACAACAUUUCCUCAUAUACACGCACCACAUAUGGAAUUAAGGUUACCAGAUGCUUCAGCAUUUGCUCCGAGUGCCAAAUUCAGCACAAGCAAAGUAGGAACGCAGUUCCGUGGCAGUGACCGCCUUUCCACUUCUGUGGAAGUCUCAAACCCAGAUACGCCGCACGUGAAACCAAUUCUUUUCUCACCAACAGACAGAGUUCCAGUAACUGAUGAGUGGCCAUCAAAAUCUCCAAGCAGCAUUCCAAGCUCAAAUUAUGAAGAUUUUAUAAGAGACCGAAUUUCUAUCUUUGGAGAUGGUAGUUACACAGCUGCACCAAAUAAUAGAGAUUCCUCACUAUCAGGAAAAGUUGAAAAUAGAGAGGAAAAUGGUUUACCUGAUCAUAUUUCUUUACAAGCAAGGAAGAUAGCUUCUUAUUCUUCCUCACCUUCCAACACAAAGGUGUUUGUUCGUGACAAUGGCAGAGAGUAUACGUCACAGACAAGUCAAGUAUUAUCAAACCUGUUUAAUGAGCAAAGUGUUGAAAUGGAGAAACAUCAAGCAAACAUGAGGUUUUCAUCCAACGGUAGGAGUUUCACGAGACAAUCACGUAAUCCUGAUGAACAUGAUGUGAGCCUUAGCUACACUAGGUCACCAACACACAACGUUCCAAGCCGGAUUGAACCAGUUAAAACCAGUAUUGCUGCAGAUCCUGUUGUUGCCAAUACAAAUGAAAGUAGUAGUGUGGAUGUUACAAAAGAAAACGAUGUCAGUCCUCUGUUAAAAGUAACUAUGCCUAAAAGAAGCUUUAACUCUGACAAAAGUAUUUACAAUGCCACAUCUCCUACCAGUGAUAACAACUAUCUGAUGUUACACUUUCCAAACUCCGACAGUGAAAGUUUCGAAAUAACUGAUGAUGAUGAAUAAUUUGAUUUUAUAUUCAAGGGUAAUAUCUAUCUGAUGCUGCUAAAGUCUUUUUGAAGAGAUUUAUUUACACAAGAAGUUCCAGCAUAUGCAAGUCGAUGUAAAUAGUUAUUAGAGUAGUAGUAGUUAUUGUGAUAGCAAAUAUGUAAACUGUAUUAAUUGAACUGUUAAUUGUACCAAAAAUCAUUGUUUUUUUUCAAACCACCAUUUAAUUCUCCAGCACUUAUUUUAUUUAAAGCUCUUUAAAUGCCAAAGUUUAAAAAACUGAAGCACUUAUAGUCUUAUACCUUUGCCUUUAGCAAAGAAUGUUCAAUUAUACCUUUGCCUUUUAGUAAAGGAUGUUUAACGUUUUAGUUAUAAUUUUAGUCACCAGUUGUUUGUAUUAAUUUUUUUUUGGAUGGACAGCUAAGAAUGUUUAUAACUAAAGCACUUAAUUAUGCCUUUAAUUGUGUAACAACUUUCUUUCAGAAUAAAAUUAUUUUUAACGU